GCUCCGUUUCUCUUCUUCUGCGACUGACUUUCUUGGACGUUUUUGCAAAACUCCGAUUCCAAUCGCAUUAUCUGGGUGUCUCAAUCGGAUAAUGACAAUUCUGAUUUAUUAAUUAACACGAGUAACGUGUUAACAUAUACUUAAGUUCUCCUGUUAUAGUCCGAUUAAGGCAAUAAUUCGGUUUUUUCACGUGCAUGUAAACCCACUGAACCCCGAGCUGCUCCGUGUGUGAAUGUGUGUGUGCUUGUGUGAAUGGGCAGAUGUGUCUGUGACUGUAAAAGCGCUUCGAGUACCAACAGAUAGAAAAGCGCUUUAUAAAAAUAAGACCAUUUACCAUUUAAAUUUGUGAAUAUUAUAAAGCCUCAGUGAUACAUUAUUAGUGUUUGUGUAAUCAUAUAUUUGGCCAUGACAUGACCUGACCCUGACCAAGCACUCCCCCUUCUUGUUAAAAUAAACACAACGGAUCCAGGGAGAAUAAUCCCCUGGAUAAAUAAAGGCUUUAAGCGUACUGUGCUUCUUCCUUUCACGGGAAAAAAAGUAAUCAGAGUUAAAGCUGCAGUGACAUUAAACAUGCGUUGUCCUGGAUGCCAAAGUCAGGCAUCCUCCAUAAAACUGAGCAAGAUAUCAGAGCUCAGCACAUUGCCUGCAAACACAGGAGAGGAUGAUGGCACAGGUCAGUACAGCGACGUCUCCCCUGAUUUUGAGUUUGUUUUUCGGCACCUCAUCUUUCAUCUGGGCCUUUAGUCCAGCAGCACCAACACCUUUUCAGCUGUCAUCCUGCCAGCUCAUAAACCAGACAGUGUUUCUGGAGAAGAAGGGCUGCCCCAGGUGUCAUCCAGUGGAAACAACUAUCUGCAGUGGACUCUGCCCCACCAAGGACCCUGUCAAGAUACCGUACAGAAACGUGUACCAGCAUGUGUGCACAUACAGGGAAUGGUACUACAAGUCGUUUGAGCUUCCUGACUGUCUGCACGGAGUGGAUCCGAUUGUCACCUAUCCUGCAGCUUUGAGCUGCCACUGUGGUCCUUGUACCAUGGACACGUCCGACUGCACCUUUGAGAGCCUGCAGCCAGACUUCUGCAUGAAUGACAUACCUUUCUACUACUAGUCCGAAGUAACUGGAUAUUGUUGUAACUGAGCAAAUAAUUGUGUUUCUGUCCCUUGUGUAAUUAAAGUCAAGAAAUGACACAAUGAAUACUUCUAUAAAAAGAAUGCCUUUUCCAGUUGUUAUCAUUACAGCCAAACACUAUGAUUGACUUGGCCAGUCUAAAACCUUCAACUUUUUUCCCCUGAUGAAGUCCUUUGUUUUGUUGGCAGUGUGGUUUGGGUCAUUGUCCUGCUGCAUGAUAAAAUUCCUCUUGAUUAGUAUGGAUACAUUUCUCUGUAAAUUGGCAGACAAAAUCUUUCUCUACACUUUGGAAUUCAUUCUGCUGUUACCAUCAUCAGUUACAUCAUCAAUAAAUAUUAAUGAGCCUGUUCCAGAAGUGGACAUGCGCGCCCACCAUGCUUCACAGAUGAGCUUGUAUGCUUCGG